UAAAUUCGGCCCCUCCCCUUUCCUGGUGUGGGAUUCCCCGACAGCGUGCUAGGCAUUAGCAACAAAAUAUUUUGGCUUUUCCGACGGUUUCAUCUCUGCUUGACAAAUACAUUCUGAAUAGAGAGAAGGAGAUGGAUGAGGAGGAAAACGAGUCCAUGGAGCUGCCAUUUAGCCAGGACACUUUUUGUGAUCUUUGGAAUAAUGUGAUCACCCCAUCCAUCUCCUUCAUCCCCACAUCCCCCACUGUGCCUCAGUGCAUGCUGGACAAUCUUUUCGAGCUGGGUGGGGAGAUGGACAUCAAGGAUGGCUUCAACCCGAGUGCGUCCACUGUCCCAGUUACCACAGACUACCCGGGCGAUUUUGGGUUCCAGCUUCGGUUUAAGCAGUCUGGCACAGCCAAAUCGGUUACUUCGACAUUUUCGGAGAUUCUGAAUAAGCUGUUCUGCCAGAUUGCGAAGACCAGCCCCAUUGAAAUUUUGGUAACCAAGAAGCCCCCACAGGGCGCAUUUCUGAGAGCCACAGCUGUGUACAAAAAGACAGAGCAUGUGGCCGAGGUUGUGAGACGGUGUCCCCACCACCAAAACGAGGACUCCAUGGAUCAUCGCAGCCAUCUGAUCCGGGUGGAGGGCAGCCAGCUCGCCCAAUACUGCGAGGACCCCAACACCAACAGGCAGAGUGUGACUGUUCCUUAUGAGAGUCCACAGUUGGGCUCAGAGAUGACCACCAUCCUGCUCAGCUUCAUGUGCAACAGCUCCUGCAUGGGGGGCAUGAACCGCAGGCCCAUCCUCACCAUCCUGACCCUCGAAAGCUUGGAGUACGGCUCCUGCUCACCUUCACUCUCUCUGAUUGGCCCCUCUAGGGGCCAGGUGUUGGGCCGGAGGUGCUUUGAAGUCCGCAUCUGCGCGUGUCCAGGCAGAGACCGUAAAACCGAGGAGGAAAAUAAGGACAAGCUGCAGAACGGGGCCAAACAAACCAAGAAAAGGAAGAGCACCCCGGCCCCCGAAGCUUCCACCGUGAAGAAGUCAAAGUCAGCCUCCAGUGCAGAGGAGGACGACAAAGACGUCUUCACUCUGCAGAUUCGUGGUCGGGAGCGCUACGAGAUGCUGAAGAGGAUCAACGACGGCCUGGAGCUGCUGGAUAGAGAAAGCCGUAAUAAGUCCAAGGCGUCCACCAAGCUGGACGUGGCUGUGCCGUCCAGCGGGAAGAGGCUCCUGCAAAGGGGCGAGAAGAGCGACAGCGACUGAAGGUUUGCAUGGGACAGCAACGCCGGACUUUUAUCAAAGCCAUUUCAUCGCCAUCCACCUCACCCUCAUAAUCGAUCCAAUUACUGUAAAACACCAACUCGAUAGCUGUAUUUCACCUACUGCCUUGAUGUCUGGGUGAAAACAAUUAUGCAUUGCCUUGUGCUAAAUAAGGUGUAGUCAUUUAAAAAACAUUUUCUGAUAUUUUUAUUUUCUCUUUUUCUUUCGAUAUUCAGGAACUUCAGAUCAAAGAUUUUUUUAUUUUUUUUUAAACCCUAACAUGUCACUGCCAUUUAUUUGGAAAAGAUCCAAAUUGUUAAACUUGAAGAAAAAAUGUAUACCUCCCUUUUUAAUGUUUGUAUUUCCGGCUCAGCAGCAGUAUUUUGUGCCUGUUGUUUCUGUUGACAUGGAAACGACCAGCGUUGGAAUCUAGAUCACUUUUUCUAAAUCAUAAUCAGUGGAGCUUUAUUUUUACACUAAAUCUUCAGGAACAGCUGUUUUGUUUGUUUGCACAGGGGCUGGCAGGAACACCCCAAAAUGUGUACCCCCUUUCAUUUUUAUUUGUUUUUUUAUUUGUCAGACCUGGCAUUAAAAAGAUGGAUGAUUUGAUCUUUUUGUUUGGUUUUCAAGAGAAUUAAAAAUGAUCUCAAGUGGAAAAUGUCAUCAAAUGUCAGUUUGAGCUGAUUUAUGGUAGAUAUUUAAAUUCUCCCACCCCAAAAAAAACACAGACCCGUGAAAUGUAUUGGAUGUCAUGUGUCAGCACUUCAGUUUGUGACCAAUCAUCCUGCAUGGAUUUAGUUUGUUUUAUUUGCACCAAACCUGUUGCGGCAUUUCUCUGUUUAUCUUUCUAUACCUUCUUUUUUUUCUUUUUUUCUUUAUAUUGAUAUGGGAUCUUAGUUUUGUAUAAGAUGUUUAUGUUUCUAUACUUUUCGUUGUCAUUUAUUGUAAUUUCUUUUUUUUGUACUUGUCAUUUUUAUACCGAAAGCUUCAACACAAAAUAAACAGAUUCUUU